GCGCGCAGCGGGCGGCGAACAUGGCCGGCGUGGCCGACGCCGCCGCCGCCGCCGCGCCAGGCAGCGGCGGGGACGGGCGGCAGGACAGCGGCCGCGACGGGCGGCAGGACAGCGGCCGCGGGGAGCCGAAAACUCUCUGGGGGAGUAGCGAGCCGCGGCCGCCCGCUGCCGGCCCGGGGCAGCCGUCCCCGCAUCAGCGAACGGAGACGUUGGGCUUCUACGAGAGCGACCGGGGCAGGAAGAAGAAGCGGAGCCUCCCGGAUCUUUCAUUGCUGAGAUUCAUCAGUGCUGAGCUGACAAGAGGUUAUUUCCUUGAACACAAUGAAGCAAAAUACACAGAGCGGAGAGAGAGAGUGUACACUUGCAUGCGGAUACCAAAAGAACUGGAAAAGUUGAUGUUUUUUGGAAUCUUUUUGUGCCUGGAUGCUUUUCUGUAUGUGUUCACCCUGCUUCCUUUGAGAGUUUUUCUGGCAAUGUUCCGGUUCAUCACUUUGCCUUGCUAUGGCUUACGCUCUCAUCGGGGCCUAACAGCAAGUGACAGACGUUUGCUACAACCUGCUCAGGUAUGUGACAUUCUCAAAGGAGUUAUACUGGUCAUCUGCUACUUCAUGAUGCACUAUGUUGACUACUCUAUGAUGUAUCAUCUGAUAAGGGGACAGUCUGUCAUAAAGCUCUACAUCAUCUAUAACAUGCUUGAGGUGGCUGAUCGUCUGAUUUCUUCAUUUGGACAAGAUAUUUUGGAUGCUCUUUAUUGGACAGCUACAGAACCUAAGGAAAGAAAAAGAGCUCACAUAGGUGUGAUUCCUCACUUCUUCAUGGCAGUGCUAUAUGUCUUCCUGCAUGCUAUUCUUAUAAUGGUUCAAGCAACAACCCUUAAUGUGGCCUUCAACUCCCACAAUAAAUCACUGCUUACCAUCAUGAUGUCCAAUAAUUUUGUCGAAAUAAAAGGAAGUGUUUUCAAGAAGUUUGAGAAGAACAAUCUUUUUCAAAUGUCAAAUAGUGAUAUAAAGGAGAGGUUCACCAAUUACGUGCUGCUACUAAUUGUAUGUCUGAGAAAUAUGGAACAGUUCUCAUGGAAUCCAGAUCAUCUUUGGGUGUUAUUUCCGGAUGUUUGCAUGGUGGUUGCUUCAGAAAUUGCAGUGGAUAUUGUGAAACACGCCUUUAUAACAAAAUUCAAUGACAUCACGGCAGAUGUCUACAGUGAAUACAGAGCCAGUCUUGCAUUUGACCUUGUUAGCAGUCGACAGAAAAAUGCAUAUACAGAUUAUAGUGAUUCAGUUUCCAGAAGAAUGGGUUUCAUUCCUCUUCCACUGGCUGUUUUACUCAUCAGAGUUGUAACAAGCUCAAUAAAAGUACAAGGAGUCUUAGCUUAUGUUUGCGUUGUGCUGUUCUACUGUGGGUUAAUAUCUCUCAAAGUCCUUAACAGCAUUGUAUUGCUGGGGAAAUCAUGUCAGUAUGUAAAGGAAGCAAAAAUGGAGGAGAAAUUAUUCAAUCCUGUCCUGACUGCCACCCCAGGGAAGCCAGCUGGCAAACAGCAAAGCACAUUUAAAUCUACCCAAGGAAUUUCCACAGAUGAAAACGGUUCUACAUCAGUUACCAGUCAACCGGUGCAUCAGAAGGAGAAUAUGCCAUCUUUACUUGUAACAAGCAAUUCUGAUCAAUUUCUGACAACUCCUGAUGGAGAAGAAAAAGAUAUAAGCCAAGACAGUUCAGAAUUAAAACACAGGUCUGCAAAGAAAGACUUGUUGGAGAUAGACAGGUUUACUAUUUGUGGAAACAGAAUUGACUAAGAAUUUAUUUUUUUUUAAAUCAAUAUGCUAAGGAUACUGAGCUGUUGGGACAGCAGAUGCUACCAGAAUGGACAGUUGCCAAAAGGCACAUAAAUAUUUAUUUAAAAACUUAAAUUAUUAAUGGCAAAAAAAUAUUAAUUUCUUUCUACAAGUAACUUGGCUUGGUAUCUGGUCAGGUCAAGUAAGCGGUCUUUAACUUGCCUCUUGGAAAAUGUGGUGGAUCGUGAGUCUCUAGCCUGGUGGCAGAGCUGCAGUAUCAAUUUUCUGGAAAACAGACUGGAAAAAAGCAUAACCCUGUUCUGCAUUAUGAAACCAUGCUUCCAGAACACUAUUUCUCAUGAAGGUUCCUCCAGUGUAAGGAUAUUCCUGGAAAUGUGUGGCGACUUGACCGGAAGCUUGCCUAUCCAGUUACUGUGUUUUAUUAAACAUCUGCAAGCAGAAUUCAAAACUUGUGCUUAUAUCAACAAACGCAUAAAGCAUUGGUACAUAAAACAGUAAGUCAAGAUAGUUAUUCCUGUCAACAAAAAUCUUUUCAAGAUGUAUCUUGAAAAUCUUGUAAUCAGAAUAAAAUUUUGCCUUUAAGUGAAA